GCUCUUCCGCCAGACUCGGUCACGGCGCGGUAGUCUCGUGUCCGCUAGCUCACCGCACGGAAUGGCGCGCCUCGCUGCUCUCUCCUGCGUCCUCGCGUCAGUCGUGAUCUUGGCAACGUGUCAGACAGAAGAUACAAGAACUACACCCAUAUCUGAAACAGAUGAGGAUCAUAAUACUUCUGAGUUAACUGCACCUCUCACAGUCCCUUCUUUCCACUCUGAAGACCAAAAAAACAAAGAAUCAACAUCAACAACACCCAAAGAAACCAUUGAAACUACAACAUCACCACCAACAACAACAUCAAGACCUACAACGACAGAAGUACCUCGCACAAAUUCGCUUUUCCGUUUCCGGGGAAAAGAUGGAGCAACUUGUAUUCUUCUUCAAGUUGAUGCUUUGCUUUCAAUCAAGUAUAAAACAAUAUCUGGUGAAAUGAGGGAUAGAGAUAUUUAUGUCCCUAACAAAGCUAAUAUAUCGGGGAGCUGUAAUGAAGACACUUCUUAUUUGGAUCUGACGUGGCCAUCAUUUUUUAUCAGAUGGAGCUUUUCCAAGACACCAGGUGGUGAAAGAUGGUACAUUAAUAAGCUAGAGUUGGCGUAUACACUCUCUAGUGAAAUCUUUGAACAUGUUGCAAAUCCAGGACAAACUGUGCAAGUUUCUACUGCACAUUCACACGAGAACAUGUUGUAUCCAACACUAGUUGGACGAUCAUUUACCUGUAAACAAGAGCUUACUGUUCACCUAUCUGGAGAACAUGCAUAUGGUGCCACCCUCUAUCUCAGAGAUCUACGACUUCAACCAUUUAUAUUCAAUGUUGAUGACUUUAGUCCAGAAUAUGAAUGCUCACCUGGAGGUAUAACGUUUCGAGAUGAGACUGCACCAAUUGCUGUUGGAAGUACUCUGGCAAUUGUUGUUCUCCUUACAGUAACUGGAUAUGGUAUUUAUCGCUAUUUUAAAAUCAAAAAAGUUCAGUAUGAUACUAUGGAGUAAAUGUAUUUAGUUAAAAAUUUAUUCCUACGUGUGUAAAGUUGUAAUUACUUUUAGUUUAUUGUAAAUUUAUGACUAUUUUCAACUUUGGUGGUUUUGUUUCCUACUUUGAAAUGUCUGUUUGCAGUCUUUGAUAAAAAUGUCUAUCAAUGACAUUUUUUUAAGGAGUACAAGGUGUUACUGCUUUGUGUUAGAACUGCAGCUCUUUAGACACCAAUACAUGGCAGGCUUUUACAAAAAAGGCAGUAUUUCUCUUGAAAAUAAAUACAACCUGACAAGUGACAACAAACAAAAAAAGUGUAACCUAAUACUUAGUUCAUGAUGCAGCCAUGUCUGCUCAAGCAAGUAGUCAACCACUCACAGAUUUAUUUAGAUGCUUUUCGUUGCUUCUUCUCUUUCACUGCUUGAUUAAUUAUGUGGCUUACUAAUUAUUCAUUUAAUGAACUUGAAUUCUUUAUUUGACUGUAAACUCGACAGAAGAAGACCGAACCAGUAAUGGGAACCUUAGACAUGAUAAAAAUAUAAAAUUGUUUACUAUCCAGACUCUUCAUAUUGGUAGUAACACAAAAACUUUUGAUAACUUUUUUAGAUCUUUAUUUGUCAAUAGUUUCACAGUGAGCCAUUCUUUUCACCAUAGAGAUUUGUAUGUAAUGUAAUGGAAUUUCUGAGACUAAGCAAUUUGAUAUACAUUCUUGGCUCACAUUGUCAGGAAAUACAAAAACCAUUUUUGUGUAUAAUAGAUAUUAGCUCUAGGAUGUAAACAGUAGUCCCAUAUUAUAAUGGACUAUCAUUUCCAAGUUUCUUCUAAAAAUAAGUACAGCCACCAUGUGCUCAUUUUUAAUUCAGAGCCAUUGAAACACUUGUGGUUAAAAAGCAAUAGAUGAUCUAAAACCUAAAGUUAUUUAACCCCAAACACAUUUAAAUCAAGCCCUUCUUCAUUUUUUCAUUUGCAUUCAACAGUAGGCACUGUACUUGUCAUUUAAGGAAGUUCUUCCUCUACCAACAGAUGAAAAAGCAUUUCAAAUAAUUCUCUAACUUAAAAACUGAAUGUAUCCUUCACAGUCUGGAAGCACCUUGUACCCAAUAACACACUCAUUGAUGUGAAAAGCUGCAACAGUAAUCAAAGUUUACAGAGUUACUUAUCAAUUUAAAACAUUUAUUGUUAAUUGUGGAAUUAUAUUGAUAUCUCUGCAAACCAUCACAGGAAUUGAGUCUGCUCAGUGUAUCGAUGAGUAAUUUCGUAUUAUUAUAUGUUAUGUAACAGGAGCUUGAUGUAACAGUAAAAAAAGUAUCCCUUAGAGCUUGUGUGCAGUUUAUGUGUGUACGUGCGUGUGUGUGUGUGUGUGUGUGUGUGUGUGUGUGUGUGUGUGUGUGUGAGAGAGAGAGAGAGAGAGAGAGAGAGAGAGAGAGAGAGAAAGAGAGAGAGAAUGAAUUUAUUUGUUUGUUUGUAUGCAUUCAGUAUGCAGAUUUUUCUAAAUCAGAAUGUGGAGUUUGUUGCACAUAAAUGGCAUUUACGAGAUACACGACUGAAAUGUUAACAGAGACUGUUUCCUGAUAUUUGAUGAUUAAUGUAUGUUAUAUAGUUAUAUAGAGUUAAAGUAAAUAUAUAUUGUAGUUACAUGUGUGGUCAUAGAUAGCAAUAAAAUUUCUCUCUGCAUUUUUGUGGAUUUAGUAUAAACAGAGUGCAUGACAUGAUACAUUACUGAAAGCUGUGGCUCUUUGGUGCCUAUUUUAUGCCAACAUAUGUAUAUGUGCAUCUCAAAUUAGAGUGCAGCAUUUGUGUAGAUGAAGAACAGAAAAAAAUUGUAUUAGCAGCACGAAAGUGAAUCCGCACUGAGCUAUAGGCUGAAAGAAGAACAGCAAUAGCAGUGGAAAGAAAAUUAAGGAAAUUGUUUCACUACAUUGUCUUCUUGAAACUACUUCACAUUUUGGCAUGAAUGUUUAUUCUCUUUGCUAUUUUUAACUUUUGCACAUACUUAUCAGUCUUGGGUUUUUUAUUUAUUUUUACAAACAAAUUGUAAACUGCUCCUCUCUCCACUUCGAUAUGACUUAAGAAAGGAGUGUGUUGUUACCUAGCACAGGAAGCAUUUCCUCUUACACUUUUGCACUAACUGUCUCCUUCUAAUCCUAUACUCAUUUUAUUUUCCAAGGGCAACACCUUCAGUUUCUUACUUGAUACAUUUAUUACCCUACAAAUAAUCUACCACAACAAGAAAUGCACCUACCUUUAAACUUACAGUUUCAAUUGUUGUUACUAUAAUGCCAGAGAGACAAAGUAAAUUUUUUUAUCUAUUAGAAGUUAUAGAAGACCAUAGUGGUUGUAAUAUAUCAAUGGAGUCAAUGAGUCAUUAGUCCUGCCAUUAUUUAAGCUUCACAUUCACCCUAAAUUGACUAAUUGUGUUUUGAGUCCUCCGUAUAACCUAACUGAACCUUAAUGACUUACUUUUUAGUGACAAAAAUGAGAAAUGGAAUGGUGUAAGUAAUUACUGUUAUCUUUUAUGGCAACAAAAUUACCCAAGUGUGUUAUUUCAAAUUUUAACACAAAACCCAUAUUUUAAGAAAUGUAAUAACAUGAAACUGUUUU